AUGUUGGCUUCUUACAAGAUAGCAAAUUUGAUUGCAAAAGCAGGUAAGCCUCAUACUAUCGGUGAAUCUCUGAUCAUGCCGGCAGUGGCUGUAGUGCUUUCAACAGUCAUGAAUCAGAGUCCACAAGAGCACCUGGUUGCCAAAAACCUAGCAGGACGUCUUCAUGAAGCACUUGGGCAUGUUAUCAAGGCUGUCAACUUGAUAAAAAGUAGUGCACUGAAAGAUCGCCUCUUUCAGCAAUUAUGUGAAAAGAACAAUGAAGAAUUUCAAAAACCUGUGUUGCACACAGAAGUCAGGUGGCUUUCUAAAGGUAAUUGCCUGAACCGUUUUGUUGCACUUUGGGACAGUGUUAUCUCUUUCUUUAGUGGGACAGAACUUGGACAGAAACUUGUUGAUGCAAAGAGUGACAUCUUCUACCUGUCUGACAUAUUUGAAAAGCUAAAUGUUCUGAACAAAGAGCUUCAAGGAAAUAACUCCACCAUGUUUUCCUGCAAGGAGGCAAUUACUACAUUUAAAGGGAAACUCAAGCUGUUCUGGUUGAACCUUGGAAGACGAGAGUUUGCACAGUUUCCUUCCUUAGCAGUUAAAUCCACCGAUCUGCUUGAUGAUGACCUAGCAGUGUAUGUUGACCAUCUGAAGCAGUUGCAUAAUGAUAUGGACACUCGCUUCUCUGACCUACUCCAAAAUGACGUGCCACACUGGUUUGUGGAUCCCUUCAUUGCUGAUGUAUCUGAAGUUGAUGUCACCCUACAAGAAAGUCUCAUUGAACUUCAGAAUAACACAACAGCUCAAGCAAGGUUCAAGCGUGGAGGACACCAGAAGCUGUGGAUGAAUCAAGAUCGUGUAUAA